AUGCACGGUUGGGGUCUCUUCUUCUUCCUCUUUUUCCUCCUUGUCAUCCUACCGGUCGUCGGAUGGGUGGUCUACGCACAAUACAGUGCCCGUAAAGAAGGGCUCCCUGCCCCAUCCCUCAAGUCAUGGAAAACCUACAUCCCAUUUCUUAAGCGUCAAGCUUCCUCAAAUUACCCUGCCCCCCGGCAUGCGGGACCACUAGAAUGGGCCAGAGAUCAGUUCGCCAAGCUGACCAGAAGACGCACGGCCAGAGGGGCCUACGAAGAAGCCGGCAGCGGCGCUGAUGGACUGGUGCCCGGCGGAGGCAGAGGCAGGGGAGGCAGAGGCGUGGAAGACGAUGCAUGGGAUACGCGUGUCGGGAAUGAAGAUCUCUACGGGCCAGGAGCGGGCUAUUCCGGGUACGAAGAACAGGAACUUGGUUUAGCCCCGACACCCGGACUGCAGAAUGAACCCUAUGGUAGCGGGGCCCGUGGUGGUGCAGGCGGCGACUACUUGGGUGCUGCCGGAAGCGCAGGGUAUUCCGACGUGGAUGUCAGCGGACGAGGUCGCCCGGGCAGUUCUUCCAGAGACAAUCCGUUCGGCGACCAGCAUGAGGCGCCGAGGCUGAGGAGCGUGAGCCCCAGACCAGACUCGGACAGCAUCACUGCAAAGGGACAUACGAAAGGAAAUCAGAGCUUGGACACCCAGGGCAGUGGAGACGGCAACUCGAGUCCGAUUAGCACGAGGAAAAGCGUCUUCCGAGAAGGGAUCUAG